AUGGCGACAACGAGUUCUAUGUUCAUGUAUAGCUUGACUAUACAGCCGCCUUCAGCCAUUACUCAAGCUGUUCUCGGUCAAUUUGCUGGUACAAAAGAGCAACAAAUAAUCACAGCUUCUGGUUCGAAGCUCACCAUCCACAGACCCGACCCUACCCAGGGGAAACUCUCCCCCAUCUUUACACAAGACUGUUUUGGUAUUAUUAGAACCUUAGCAGCAUUCCGACUUGCUGGUAGUAGCAAAGACUACGUUAUUGUUGGCUCAGAUUCUGGGCGCAUCACCAUUCUCGAAUACCUCCGUGACCAAAACCGCUUCAACCGUGUCCACCUAGAGACUUUUGGCAAGUCUGGCAUCCGCAGAGUAAUCCCCGGCCAGUAUUUGGCAGUAGAUCCCAAGGGCAGAGCAUGUCUCAUUGCCUCGGUGGAGAAGAACAAACUGGUCUACGUCCUCAAUCGAAAUGCUCAGGCCGAGCUCACCAUCUCCUCUCCUUUGGAAGCUCACAAGCCCUCGACCCUGGUCUUUGACUGCAUCGCCCUCGACGUCGGAUACGAGAAUCCCAUAUUUGCCGCACUCGAGGUAGACUACACAGAAGUUGAUCAAGACCCAAGUGGGCAGGCUAUGGAGGAAGUGGAAAAGCUCCUGGUGUUCUACGAAUUGGACCUCGGACUCAACCAUGUGGUUCGCCAGUGGGCUGAGCCCGUCGCAAGGGGCGCCGCAAAACUCUUCCAAGUGCCUGGAGGUUCCGAUGGUCCGAGUGGAGUGCUUGUUUGUUCUGAAGACAACAUUACAUACCGUCAUUCAAACCAAGAUGCACAUCGUGUUCCAAUCCCGAGGAGGAGAGGUAUUCUUGAGAAUCCCGACCGCAAAAGAAACAUUGUGGCUGGGGUAAUGCACAAGAUGAAAGGUCAAUUCUUCCUCCUGCUUCAGACCGAGGAUGGUGAUCUCUUUAAGGUGACUAUCGAGAUGGUCGAAGAUGACGAUGGCAAGCCAACUGGAGAAGUCCAGUCCCUGAAAAUCAAGUACUUUGACACGGUACCCACCGCCAAUAGCCUUCAUAUUCUGAAGAGUGGUUUCCUGUUUGUGGCCGCCGAGAAUGGAAAUCACCAUUUCUAUCAAUUUGAGAAGCUUGGUGACGAUGAUGACGAGACCGAAUUCUCUAGCGAUGACUAUCCCGCAGAUCCACUUCAAGACUAUCAACCAGCCUAUUUCCAUCCUCGCCCCUUGUCGAAUCUGAACCUGGUACAGAGUGUCGACUCCGCAAACCCUUUGAUGGACAGUAAAGUUGCAAACCUUUUGGAUGAAGACGCACCUCAAAUUUACGCCAUAUGUGGCGCUGGAGCUAGAAGUAGUUUCAAGACACUCAAGCAUGGCUUGUCAGUCACUGAGAUUGUCGAAUCUGAGCUUCCAGACAGACCGGAAGCUGUAUGGACGACGAAAACGACUAGAGAGGACGAAUACGAUGCCUACAUUGUGUUGUCAUUUCGCACCGGGACUCUUGUAUUAAGCAUCGGUGAAACAGUGGAGGAAGUGACUGAUACCGGCUUCCUUUCCACUGCACCUACUCUGGCAGUACAGCUUUUAGGAGAAGAUAGUCUGGUGCAAGUUCACCCUCGAGGUAUCCGACAUAUAAGAGCUGACAAACGAGUAAAUGAGUGGCCGGCACCUCAGCACCGGUCCAUCGUGGCUGCAACGACCAACGAGCGGCAGAUUGCCGUUGCGCUCAGCUCAGGUGAAAUUGUCUACUUCGAGCUCGAUACCGAUGGAUCUCUUGCCGAAUACGAGGAACGGGCUGAGAUGAAUGGCACUGUAACCAGUCUCAGUCUGGGAGAUGUCCCAGAGGGCAGAGUCAGGAGCUCGUUUCUGGCCGUUGGCUGUGACGAUUCUACCGUCAGAAUUCUCAGCCUUGAUCCAAAUUCCACUCUAGAAAGCAAGUCAGUGCAGGCCCUGACAUCUGCACCGUCUUCACUCUCAAUUAUGGCGAUGGCGGAUUCUACCUCCGGAGGAAGCACUCUUUAUCUACAUAUCGGUCUAUACUCCGGUGUAUACCUGCGAACAGUUCUGGAUGAGAUCACCGGAGAAUUGUCUGAUACCCGGUCACGCUUUUUAGGGGUCAAACCGGCCAAGCUCUUCCGAGUUUCAGUUAACGGUCAGGCUGCUGUGAUGGCUCUCAGCUCUCGAUCAUGGCUGGGGUACACGGAUACCCAAACAAAUGGCUUUAUGCUAACACCUCUCGAUUAUGUUGGUCUUCAGUACGUCUGGAACUUUACGAGCGAACAGUGCCUGGAGGGAAUGGUUGGCAUACAGGGCCAGAACCUGAGGAUUUUUACAGUUGAAGACUUGUCACGGAACCCCAUACAACAUAACAUUCCCUUGCCUUAUACCCCCAAGAAGUUUGUCAAGCAUCCUAACCAGCCACUAUUUUAUGUCAUCGAAGCCGAUAAUAACGUGCUUGCGCCUGCUACCAGAGCCAAGUUGCUUGCAGAAUCCACUGCAAUUAACGGCGAUGCCGUCAUCCUACCACCUGAAGAGUUUGGGCAUCCUCGAGGAACAGGACACUGGGCUUCAUGCAUCCAAGUUAUAGAUCCCGUACAUGCGAAGUCAGUCGUGUUCACUUCCGAUUUCGAAGACAACGAAUGUGCUACGAGCAUUGCAAUCGCUUCCUUUUCUGGCCAAGAUGAUGAAGCAUUCUUAGUUGUGGGCACAGCAAAAGACUUGGUCGUCAGUCCUCGAAGCUAUUCAGGAGGAUUCUUGCAUGUCUAUCGUUUCCACGAAGAUGGAAAGGAGCUUGAAUUCAUUCACAAGACCAAAGUUGAGCAUCCUCCUACCGCUCUCCUUGCAUUCCAAGGUCGACUCCUUGCUGGCAUUGGAUCUGACUUGAGAAUAUAUGAUCUCGGAAUGAAGCAAAUGCUUCGGAAAUGCCAGGCGCAAGCCAGUCCGAAUCUUAUUGUGACUCUUCAAACCCAAGGAAGCCGAAUUGUCGUUGGUGACGUCCAGGACAGCAUUACGUACGUUGUGUACAAGUUCCAGGAGAACAAAUUGAUACCUUUCGCCGACGAUGUCAUUGCCCGUUGGACAACUUGUUCUGCUAUGGUUGACUAUGAAACAGUUGCUGGCGGCGACAAGUUUGGCAAUCUCUGGCUCUUAAGAUGUCCGGCCAAGGCAUCUGAAGAAGCAGACGAGGAUGGUUCUGGAGCUCAUUUGACACACGAGCGGCAAUAUCUCAGUGGUGCGCCGAACCGACUUGGCUUGGUGACACACUAUUUCCCUGGUGAUAUCCCAACCAGCAUUCACAAGACCAACCUGGUAGCCGGCGGGCGAGAUGUUAUAUUUUGGACAGGCUUGCAAGGCACCCUUGGCAUGCUCGUCCCAUUUGUUAGCCGAGAAGAUGUCGACUUCUUCCAGUCACUUGAGAUGCAGCUUGCCUCUAACAAUGGCAAUCCGCCCCUGUUAGGCAGAGACCAUCUCAUCUACCGAUCCUAUUAUGCUCCCUCGAAAGGCACGAUCGAUGGUGAUCUAUGCGAGACGUUCUACUUGUUAUCUAACGACAAGAAACUACAAAUAGCUGGUGAGCUUGACCGAUCGGUACGAGAAAUAGAACGCAAGCUUUCGGAUAUGAGAACACGCGUGGCGUAUUAA